AGACUAUUGCUCGGUAGCCACUAGGUGGGGCGUGGCCAGGCCAUGGCGACCGGGGAGCCAGGGCGGCACACUGCAGGUACCUCUAUCUCGGGACCCCGGCCCGGCGGGGCCCCAGGCCACGUGGCACGAGCUGCGGGCCCGCUCUCCGGGCGAAGCGGCCGCGGAGUCCUCCGACUGGGAGAACGGUCCCCAGCAGCUGUGGAGAAGCGGGGGCCGUACAUGGUGAUGCGCGUGCCUUCCAUUCAGACCAAGCUACAGAAGCACCGGGACCUGGCCAAGGCUGUUUUGCGAAAAAAAGGCAUGCUGGGGGCCUCGCCGAACCGCCCCGAUUCUUCAGGGAAAAGGUCAGUGAAGUUUAACAAGGGCUAUACUGCUCUUAGUCAGAGUCCAGAUGAAAACUUGGUGUCCCUCAACUCUGACAGUGAUGGGGAGCUGGAAUCCAGAUACUCUUCCGGGUAUUCCUCUGCAGAGGUGAACCAGGAUGUGAGCCGCCAGCUGCUCCAGGAUGGGUAUCACCUGGAUGAGAUUCCAGAUGAUGAGGACCUGGACCUCAUUCCCCCCAAGCCUAUGGCCUCCUCAACGUGCUCCUGCUCCUGGUGCUGUCUUGGGGACUCUUUCUCUUGUACCCUCCAGUAGACAUAACCCCCUAAAAUGGGCCCUGCUUGUCAUGCCUGCAGGCCCCUUUUGGUUCUUCAUAGGAAAACAGAGUGCAGUGGGAACUGCCGUCAGCCCCAGAAUCACUUGAGGUACUGACCUUCCAGGAAGUCAGUGACCUGCAGUUGCUCCUUACCUGGUGCUGCUCAGGCCAGAGGCCCCCAUCUGGGUGAUAGGGUGAUACGUGGAAUUCUGCAGUUUUCCUCUGCUGUUGGAGCAGAGUUUAGUGAAAACACUUUAAUAAGGGUAGGAAUACAGGAAUUCUGGCUCUUACAGUAAGUGACAAAGUUGGCUAAGAAAAACAUUUGAAGACAUCUUGACUGGUAUGUGUAGUCAUGCUCUUUGGAGGGGAAAAAAAAGCUUUUCUGUCCAGGUUGUGCUUGAUGGUGAGGCAGAAAAUAGCACUUCGUGCCUCGAAGCUAGGAAUCUUUGGGAAAAAAAAUUUAACUAUGUGGGACCAGUUCAAGAAGUUCCUUAAGCUCUCCUCCUCUUCCUAGCUCCAAGAUGUUUGCCCUUCAAGAGGGCAUAAAGCAGAGCCCUUUGGCCCUCUUCUGGUUGUGCCUGACUAUUGGAGGGAGGACAGUAGUUUGCUUGAUGACAUAGGCUUCUAGAAUCCCUGGACCGAGAGCAUCCCCAACUGAUCCAGCUGCAUAGGUUUAGUGACUUGUGGUGAGCCUAAUUAGAGAGAAACUGCUCCAUUAUGUACAUACUUGUAUGUCUUAACUUGGUUGCCAGUCUUCUGCUUGGUCUUUGCUAGUUUCUCCACCCAGAUUUUGAGCUGUUGGCCCAGAAGCCUGUCUACAGAUUUUGGUUAUACCAGCUGAGAGUUGCGGGGAGCAUUCAGGUGCCUUCCAGUUAACCUUUUAAAGUGGAGAAGUAGCAAAGGGUGAGAAGUAAACUCGCUAUGGGCUCUGACUAGAUGGAGGCUCACAGACAGGAUGGGGAGUAGAGACCUGUAUCAGCUCCCAAAAUCCCUGCCUGAGGAGAUAAUCUGCCGUUGCAGAGGGCCUCCCUUCACUCUAGUGGUGGCCAUCCCAUUGUGUCCAGCUCUCGAGAUUCCUCUGAUCACAGCAUGUACCUCACAGUGGAUACUUAGGAGUGGACUUUUUACAGUGAACCUCUUGGUGCAACAGAGCCUCUCUCAACCCCCAUGUGAACACAGCAAAGAUGGCAUAAUCCCCAUGACCCUUGCUAGACCACACCUCUCCCUAGAAUUUAGUUUUACAAUGUUUCUGUGUUUUGCCUUACCUAGAACCAUGGUGAGGACAGUGUUCCCAGCCUAAGGAGCAUGAUAGUCGGGAUUGGAAUGUGGGCACCACAUGGGAAGGUGCCUGGUUUGUUGACUCAUUUGACAUCCUAUGACCACUAGGAGUAUAUGAGGGAUGGCAUGGAUUCUCUUGUUCUACUACUACCAGCUGACUGGAAGACAAGAGAAUUUCAGAUAAAAAGGUAUAUGACUGUGCUCUUGAGGAUAAUCCUAUUAGUGCUUGUUUGACAUCUAUCUUGGCCCUUUUCUCAAGUCUCAGAGAGCUAAGAAGAAUACAGUGUCCCAAGGGCUGUAGCUAACUUUUAUUCUCCAAUCUAGCGGUGUCAUGGCAGGAAGGAGAUAGGACAGGGAUGUUGGGGUCUGGGUAGGGGAGGGAGAUGGUUAUUCUCUUCUGGAAUGGGGCUCUGCAACUCUACACAGGUGUCACCCAUUCUGAGCACUUUGUUCAGAUGCUUGCGAGGAGUGAGGACAUCUCCAUCUUGAACCCCUUCCCCAUCCACAGAGACUAUAUCCAGGCCUUUCUGGUUUGUGCAGGGGUAGAGAAACACAUGCAGAAGGCUCAGGUGUAGGACCAUGUAAAAGAAAACAGUGGUAACAGGAAACCCAGUGAAGGCCAGAAAGUGCUGUGACAGCCAAGUGUGGGGCAGUUUUCUGUUGGGGAGUUGGUUAAUACAGUGGACAGAGUAGCCUAAGCAUUUGACAGAAGCUGGGGGUGAAGGUAGCAACAGGAUCCCAUGACUAAGGCCCUCCAGGUGAUUGUUGCAGUCAGUCAGUACUAGGGUAUUUGGCUGCAACAGUCUCUGAGAGGAUGUUCCAGAGCUGGUUCACCCUGAGUGGAAGGGAUUACCUUUGUGGGAAAAGUUGCAGGAACUGGAAAUGGGGCACAGUGUGCAGUGAGACAGAAUAAAAAUGGUCAGUUGUUUGGGGCCAGAGGCUAACAUAUCACCAAAAGGCACCAACGUGCCCAGAGCCAAUCUGCCUUCACUGAGAGUGCUGGAUGUUCUACAGGUGACCCCUGGGGAGAAGGCUAUAGUUCGGCUUACUUCACAGGUGGGAGUGGUUCUGUAUGGUAUUUACAGAGUACUCUACAGAACCCCUGGCUUAAACUUCUUAUAAGCUCUGGGGUUCUUAUAAGCUCUGUAAGUUUAUAAUAAAUAGUCACACUGGUUGAGCUCUCUCUGUUGUAAUAGCAUUUUUCAGAAAAGCCCAGGCUGCAGUCAUUGUCCCUUACGAAUUCUGAAAUGAAGAAGUAGCCUAAUAGCCCCAGCUGUAACCAUUCCUUGUAGGACCUCCUCUUCUUUUUCCUGUUGACAAUGGACAUGAUUUUCAGGCCUGCCUCACUGGAGGCCAUAGGUGGAAUCAGUCUUUGCACAUCACUUCUCUUUAGAAUGAGCUCCCCUUAGCAGACCCUGUCUUCCUAGGUGAUUAUUACUUAUUUU